AUGUCACAACUAAAACCUCUACCAGAAGAUUUACAAAAAAUUUCCAUAGAAGAAUUGGGUGAAGUUCCCUCAAGGAUACCAGCAGAUUUGGAAGCCUUAAACACAUGGAUAAAACUACAACCUCAUCUAAGGGCACGUAUGGAUGAUCAAUUUCUAAUACAAUUUCUACGUGGCUGUAAAUAUAGCUUGGAACGGACCAAAGAGAAAGUGGAUUUAUAUUUUUCACUGAAAACCAAAUAUCCAAAUAUGUUUGCAAGCAGCGAUGUGGAUGAUCCAAAAUUUCGGGAAAUGCAUAACUUAGGGUGUUAUGUUUUGCUUCCCAAACCCCUUAAUGGUAAUGGCUGCCGCAUUUGCGUUGGACGUUUUAGUUAUUCACCCGAUAAGUUUAAUAUAGAAGAUAUAUAUCCUCCCACAAGUGCCAUGUUUGAAAUUACAUUUGUCAAUGACCCCUAUGCUGCCAUACAGGGAUUUGUCUUUAUUUUUGAUUUUGGUGAAUGUACCGCAAGCCACUUGUUACAAUUUACACCAACGCUGUGUAAGAAAAUUGUCUCAUUUUUGGAAAAAUCAAUGCCUUGCCGUAUACGUGCUGCCUAUUUUAUAAAGGUACCAACGGCGGCUCAACAAAUCUUGAGAGUUAUUUUCACGCUAUGUUCAGAGAAAUUACGGCAAAGGCUCUUUGUUCUCGGUAAUAAUAUCAAUGAUCUGACCAAACACAUACCUCUCGAAUAUUUACCCAAGGAUUAUGGUGGCAAUAAUGGUUCUUUCAGCGAACUAACUAAGGAAUAUAAUAAAACAUUUGAUUUAUAUCGUGAAUAUUUCAAAGAGAACGCAAAAUAUGGUACAGAUGAAUCGUUGAGACCUGGAAAACCUAUAGAUUUGGAUGGACCGUUCGGUUUGGGUGGUUCGUUUAGGAAAUUAGCUGUAGAUUAA